AUGGGGGACUGGAACCUGCUGGGCAGCAUCUUGGAGGAAGUACAUGUCCACUCCACCAUCGUAGGAAAGAUCUGGCUCACCAUCCUCCUCAUCUUCCGCAUGCUGGUGCUGGGAGUGGCGGCCGAGGACGUGUGGAACGAUGAGCAGAGCGAGUUCAUCUGCAACACGGACCAGCCGGGCUGCAAGACCGUCUGUUACGACCAGGCCUUCCCCAUCUCCCUCAUCCGCUUUUGGGUCCUGCAGGUCAUCUUCGUGUCCUCACCCUCCCUCGUCUACAUGGGCCAUGCGCUCUACCGCCUGCGCGCCCUGGAGAAGGAGAGGCACCGGCGGAAGGUCCAGCUGAAGGCAGAGCUGGGGGAGAUGGAGGCUCUGGUGGAGGAGCACAAGCGCAUUGAGAAGGAGUUGAAGAGGCUGGAGGAGCAGAGGAAGGUGAAGAAGGCUCCACUGAGAGGGUCCCUGCUGCGGACGUACGUCAUCCAUAUCCUAACACGCUCCGUGGUGGAGGUGGGCUUCAUCAUGGGCCAGUAUAUCCUGUAUGGCAUCGGACUGGAGCCUUUGUAUAAAUGCGAGAGGAUGCCUUGCCCCAACAGUGUGGACUGUUACGUGUCCAGGCCCACGGAGAAAACAGUGUUCAUGGUGUUCAUGAUCGUCAUCGCUGGCGUGUCUCUCUUCCUGAACCUAAUGGAGAUUUCCCACCUGGGCAUCAGGAAAAUCAAACAGACUCUGAAGGGAGACAAGUACCCAGCAGACAAUGACAAUUUGAUUUACAAGCUGAAGAAGAAUGCGACGAUACAGCAUCUGUGUGUGAUGAGGAACCUGUCUCCUCACAACGGGCCGCUGACUCAGACCAUCUUUAAAGUAAUUCCUGAGAAGGACCUGGACCCAAUGGACCCACCUCCCCACUACAUACCUAACCAUGAGGUGCCCAGGCACAACAGCAUGGCUCCAGGCCAUUAUCUUGCCAACUGCACUGGCCUCCAGCCCCAUCAGCAAUACCAGCAGCAGCAGCAGCAGCUUCAACAAUGUGAGCCCAGCCAGGGGAUGAUCCAGACCCUGCACCUCCAGGGAGCCCCAGAGAAACAAACCACCGUCAUGGUGGACCAGCUCCCUCGAGCCAAUAGAGGAGCUGUCUUGAAUGGGGAUAGUGGGCCCAGGAACCUGCAGGGCCAGUCGAUCAAUGAGGACCCCAACUUACACCCCCAAGACCACUACCAGCCCAGCCACAUGGAAGUAGUGUCUAUGGCAAAGCACAGACCCAGCAUCAUGACAACACACAGACCCAGCUUGGCUCUGACGGGCACAGACCUGGAGGAGGAGAGGAGGGACUCCAUGGGCAGUGACUUCAUCUUCCCCAACCCAGGAAGGAAGCAAAGCUUCAAAUCUCGUAUGCCCUCUGAGAGCAUGUCCACCAUCAGUGAUUACAGUAGCAACUCUCCACGGAGCUCAGAUUCCGAGCUGGGCGACAUGGUGGACAUGCCAAUGAUGCCACCCCCUGGAAGGAGAAUGUCAAUGAGUGUAUUCUUGGACAUCUCCUCUAUCAUGAAAAAGUGA